AUGGCUGAGCGAGCUCUCCUCGAAAGUUAUUUGAUUUGCCAUGAGUGUUCAGAGAUUUUCAGAGAUCCUGUGUCUCUGGGCUGCCACCACAGCUUCUGUUCAAGCUGCCUGCAAAAACGCUGGGAACAAGCUAAAAACAAAAACUGUCCCAUUUGUAAAAGAAAAUCCUCAAUGGACGAACCAGGACCGAACCUUUUACUGAAAAAAAUGUCUGACUCCUAUGUUGGAAUACAGAGAACUGGAACAUCUGAGAUAGAAAUGGGAGAAAGGAAACUAAUGUUGGUGUGUAGCGAGCAUCAAGAAGAGCCUAAAUUUUUCUGUGAGGAUGAAGACAGAGCUGUGUGUCCUGUCUGUAAGUUUUCUCCUCACAAGAGUCACAAGGUGGUUCCCAUAAAACAAAAAGUCAGUGACCUGAAAGACCAGCUGAAAUCUGACUUAAAGUCUCUGCAGGACAAGAGGGACAAAUACAAACAAGUGGAGAAAACAUACGAUGAAAUGAGUCAACACUCCAAGAAGCAGCUGUUCAGAGCGGAGUUCAACAAGCUCCACCAGUUCCUGAAAGAGGAAGAGGAGUCCAGAGUGGCAGCUCUGAGGGAGGAAGAGGAGCAGAAGGGAAAGACUAUAAAGAGAGAGAUGAAGAUGAUUCAGAAGCAGAUCUCCUCUCUGUCUGACAGUAUCUCUGCUGUUGAGGAAGAGCUGCAGAAACACAUGGUGCCAUUCCUCAGCAGUUAUAAAGACACUCAGAGCAGAGCCAGAGUCCAGUGCUCACUGUCAGAUCCACAGCUGGUCUCAGGAACGCUGAUAGAUGUGGCCAAACACCUGGGCAACCUGUCCUUCAGAGUCUGGGAGAAGAUGAGGGUGAAGGUCCACUUCAGUCCCGUCGUUCUGGACCCGAACACUGCAGGCCACUGUCUCCGUCUGUCUGAUGAUCUGACCAGUGUGAGAGAGGGACACAAAAACCAGCAGCUUCCUGACAAUCCAGAAAGAUGCACUAAUUACGCCAAUAUUCUGGGCUCUGAGGGGUUCAGCUCAGGAGAGCACAGCUGGGAGGUGGAGGUGGGAGAUCAUCCUCGCUGGAAUAUAGGUUUGGCUAAUGAGUCUAUUGACAGAAAGGGAAAGAGAUAUGCCACACCGGACUGUGGAGUCUGGUGUUUAUGGCAUGGCUAUGGAAAAUACACUAAUGGAGAUGGUAGGACUGUGACAGUGAAGAAGAGUCUGCAGCGGGUCAGAGUCCAGCUGAACUAUGACAAGGGGGAGGUGUCUUUCUAUGACUCUGAGGACAUGAGUCACAUCUACACACACAGAGACACUUUCACCGAGAAACUCUUCCCAUAUUUCUUUAUUGGAGAGGCCGGUGAUGCUAAAACUGCUGAGAUCAAAAUCUGUCAGACUGAGAUUUCUUUGUGA